GUAAAACAUAAAAAAAAUAGUUUUUUAAAAUGGGAAUAAUAGUUUUUAAACAAAUCGUAUAGUACAUAAUUUACCAAUUAAUGAUUUUUUUUAAAUAAUAAAUCAGUUAAAAGAUAUUAAAAAUAUUAAAAUAUUUGAAUUAGGACUUAGUUUAUUAAAAAAGAUUAUAACUUAACCAAAUUUAUAAGAAGAAAAUUAUGCUAUAACAACAAAUUACUUAUAUUCCCAAAAAGAUUGCAAAGAUGAUAAAAUACUAAUAAAAAUAAUUUAAACAUUAUUAAUGUUGUUUAGCCCUAAAAUAAUUCUUUGUAAAAAUUAUUAAUUAAUAUCAAAAGUUUUAAAUAUAUGUUUAGUUCUAUAAAGCAAUAAAGAUAUAAUGAUUAGAAAUACAUCAUUAGCUGGUCCAUUUUAAUUAAUUCAUAUAGUAUUUUAGCAUUUAAUAAAUUCCAUAAAAUAAACAUAAAAAUUAGAAAACUCAAGCGGUUCUUAAUCAGAUGGAAACGAAUCAAAAAAUAAAAUUUAUGAAGAGGAAAAUAAAGAAUAAACAAAAAUAAAAAGAAAUUCAGAAGAUGAAAUUUAAACAAUUAGCUAUUCGCAAGAACAUUGUGAUUAGAUAAAUGAUAUAUGUCUUAGAUUAUUUAACGAAAUAAUUUCUUUAAUGUUAGAUAAAUAAUUACCUGAAUGGGUUCCUCAAAAUAUAAAUGGGUUAUUGAUUUCAUAUUAGGAAAUAGGUUUUGAUUUAUUAUUAAGCCUUUUAAAAUAAAUAGGAAGACAUGUAAAGUAUUGUAAAUAAAUAGAAGAAUAAAUAACAAACAAAUUAGUAUCUUUUGCUAUUGAAAAUAUAAGUUAAGAUUACACUGAAUUUAAAUUUGGGAUUCGAAUUAUAUAAUUAAGUAGUAUUUUAGUCAAUAAUUAUUUUGGAUAUAAUGAAAUAUUAUAGAAAAUAUAUGUAGUUAAUAAAUCAAUAAAUAAAAUUUACAUAUACACAUUUAUGUAUGCAGAAUUAUUUAGUUUAUGUUUAAAUAAUCCUAAAUUUAUUUAUAUUUCUUUUGAAUAAGCAAACAAUAAUCUUAAUGAUUAAUAAGAUAAAAAUGCUUCCAGAGAACGCAAUUUAAUUAAAAUUUUAGAAAUUACACUUCUAAUGGCCUAAAGUAUUUCCUAAUUUCCUGAUGCUGAAUUAAGAAAAUAAAUAAACACUAAUAUUAAAGGUGGAAAAAUACUCGAAAGAAAUGAAAUAGAAUAUUAAAGUACUGAGCCUCCUUUAAUUAGUUAUAAUAUGUUUUAUAGUUUAUUAAUUGAAGUAAUAAAUCAUUUGACUGAAUCUUUAAUGAAAAUAUAUUAGGAAAGAUAAGAAAAAAUACAAAAUUAAAUUCCUGAUAAUAAUGAAAUAUCUAAUAUAAUAAAUUUAAUUUGGAAAGAUAAUUUAAGAAUUAUCAAAUAAUUACUUUCUAAAUAAGUUAGUGAAUAGUACUCUUAAAAUCUCUUAAAUUAAAUAUAAAAUUGGAUUAAUAUUGCAGGAUCGUUAUAAUUAUAUAAAAUUUGUGAUUAAUAUAUUAAAAUUUUAGCAAAUAAUUGUCUUCCUUAAAAAAAUAAUGAUGAACACAUACUUAAACCUAUUGAAAUUCAAUCUACAAAAAUACUUUUUAAUAUUGCACACUGCUUAGGAGGAAAAUUAGGAAAAAGCUCAUGGUUUAUAAUGUUAUAAACAAUGUAAAGAUUAGAUACUUUUUUUAAUAAAAAAUUGAUUUAAAUAGAUAAUAAUAAACCAUAAAAAGAAGAAGAUUUACUAGUCUAAUCUGAAUUAUAAAUAUUAUCAGAUAUAAUGAGUAAAUUGUUUUCUUCCAGUGAUAUAUUUGAUGAUAGUUUGUUAAUUAUAGUAAUUGAUUCAUUAAAUUAAUUAAAUUUGUCAAUAUUAGAAUAAAUAACAAUUGAAUAAUAAUAAAAAAAACCUUUUGAAUUAAAUAGUAAAAAAUUUGGAUUUUUGAAAUUAAAAGAAACAGUAUUAGUUAAUAUAUCAAGAAUAGAUCUAUUCUGGAGUUUAAUAAUUCCACAUUUAAUACUUCUAUCUUCCGAAAAAUAAGGCGAUUUGCGAAUGUUCUCUAUAGAUAUACUAAAUAAUAUCAUAAAUAAUGCUUUUAAUUAUUUUAGUUCAAACAUUUAUUCCCCAUCUUAAAAAAAUAAAAAAAACUUGAAAAAAGUAAUCUAAAAAUUCAAAGAAACAGACUCUUGGAAUCAAUAAAAUUGGCAAAAAUCUUUACUUAUGCCUUAUAAAGAAGUCAUAUUAUCCUAAUUUACUGAUACAUAGGAUAUAUUUUUAUUAAAUUUGAUAAAAAUUAUUCAAAACAAUGGUCAUGAAAUCAACUAAAACGGUUAUUUAGUAAUUUUAGAUAUUCUCCAAAUUGUAUCUACAGGCUAAUAAUUCCAAAACACUCUAACAUAGGGUUUAAAAUGUUUAAGUAUAAUAAUAAACUAACAUAUUACAAUAAUAAAUAGAUAUUAAUUAAAAAUAAUAAUUGACCUAAUAGAAAACUUCAGAUAAUCAUCAAAAGAUAAAAACUCAAUAUAUUAAUCUGUAGAAUUCCUUUGGAAUAUAGGCGAUCAAUUAGCCAAGCUACACUAAAAUCUCUUAAAAGACGAAAAUAUAGAUAACAAUUAAUUAAAACAAUAGCAACUAGUCGAAAUAGAGCUUUUAUGGGAAAGUUUAUUCUAGAAAUUAAUAAAUAUAAUAAACGAACCCCUAGAAGAGCUCAGAUAAUCCGCAAUAGUUACCUUAACGUAACUUUUUAUGACUAACAGUAUAUUUUUUAGCAAAAAAUUCUGGUUUCAUAUAAUAAAAGAGAUCUAUAUAAAAAACAUCGAAAAGUUAAUACAUAAAAUACUCCAAUAAUUCGAAGAAAACACCUCAUCUUUAAAUAAUCAAAUUAACAUUCACUCUCCCUAAUAUUAAAUUCAUUUACAAACUCCUAAAUUUUUCGGUAUUUCCGAAACUCCGAAAUUUUAAAUUUCCUCUUAGGAUUUGAGCAAAGUCCUAGCUCAUUCCCAAAUGUAAAAUUCCUAAAAAUUAAAGACCAAAGCAUGGGAAGAAACAUGCAUUAUAUUAAUCUAAUCUUUAUAAAAAAUACUCAAAAAAGGAUUCAAUGCUGAUAAUUUUAUCGAUUUAUACUUAAGUAUAAUCGCAAAAGGCAGAUAAGGCAUUCUAAUUAAUAAUUAAUAGCUUAUUUUGGAGUUUUUUAAAAUUAUUAAAGAUUUUGUACAAAAUAAAGGUUCUUUAGGUAUCAAAAUUAUCGACGAAAUCAAAGAUUUUAUUUUACAAUAUUAAUCCACAAUGGAAUUUAUUGGCUUAGACAUAGAAAAUGACAAGUAAUCAGAUUCUAGGAUAUCUAUAACUGAGACAAUUCCGGAAAUAAUUGAAACUUUCGAAAAUUUACUAUUAUGUGCAGGAGGUAUAGAAUCUAGAAGCGGAAUGAUUGUAAAUCUAUACAUAGAUUUCUACAAAAGCUCCCUUAAUUUUUGCCAAAGAAUUGAUUUUAUGAACUCUUCGCAUAGAAUGUUACUAUUUUAAGAUGAAAACGCUCGCUAAAUAUACGAUUAUGUUGAAAAUAUAGGUAUAUUAGUUCUUGAAAAGACAAAUUUUCAAAUUUAAAAUGAAUUUAUGCUUUUUAUGAACGAGCUUAUUAAUAUAAGAGUAGACAGUAGAUUAUCAUAUUUAAUGAAUAAGAAAUUUCUGAAAAUUUUCCAAAAUGUAAUUCUUAAUUAAUCUAUGCCAGGUGAACUAUAAGAUAUUUUUACGAAAUAUUAUUUCGCCAAAAUAGAAAAUAUACUUGAAUUGAGAUUCGAUAAAGAUUAUUUUGAACUUCAUAGUUAAAAAUUAUAAAUUAAAAAAUAUGUCCCUUUAUGGAUUUUCGUUUUUGAAUAAUUCAUUUAUUUAGCCAAAAAUUUCUCUUAAAAAAAUAAAUUUUAUACCGAAUUGUUCUUUAUUAUUGAAAAUUUGCUUAAAAGACCAAAAGAAAAAAUAUAUAUACUUCCAGUUGAUAUGUAAGAUUAUAUAAAAAAAGAGAUUAUUAAAAUAGAAGCUGUUUGUAUUGAAUUUAUUAUCGAAUAAAUGCUUUCUGAAGAACAAGAAUUAGACGAAUAUAUAAUAUCUAGAAUGAUCGAAAUUCUCGAAAACUAUAUAGAUUCUAAAAAGAAAACCUCAGAAAAUACUACAAGUACAGAUUUAUAAGAAAUUAACGAAAAUAAUGAUUUAGAAAUUCGCAAAAAUUACAUUUCGAAUUUUUUUUUAUUAGCUAAAGCUAAAUCUUCCAAAAACAAGAAAUUUGAAGAAGUAGCAAAAAUAGUUCUCCCUAUUUUGAUUUUAAGGUAACUUAUUACUUGUGAAUACUUACCUAUUACUUAAUGUUUACAAAGCAUUUUUAAAGAAAUAUAAUAAGAACUUAAUUUAAUUAAUUCAUGA